CAGCGUUUUACUCACAAAAACUACACACUCAAAUUCAUUUUUCUUCUUCUUUCUUCCAACAUUCAAAACAGAAUCUCCAACACACUUAACUAAGCUCCCUCCAUAAAUGACAAACACAGAACCACACCCUCUCACUGACAAUGCCGAACAAGAACAUGAAGAAGACGACGAACCAGAAGAUGAAAAAGAACAAGAAGAAAACGAAGAAGAAGAGGAAGAAGACGUAUUGCCGAAUCUUCGAACCCCUCAGUCCGCAGCCUCGAAGCUCCGUGAGCAGCGGUUCAAGGUCGAAACGCUGGCGCGGAGACUCUCGUCGGAGAUGGUCCCAAUCAGAGUCCACGAUAUUCUUGUAAAAGGCAACACGAAGACCAAGGAUUGGGUCAUCGAAGCGGAGCUCAAGGGAAUCGAGACUGCCACCACCAUGCAGGACCUCAUGCGUGCUUGCGAAGCCGCCAUUGCCAGGCUCCAGGCUCUUGAAAUCUUCGAUUCUUGCAAGGUCAGGCUCGAGCCUGGUCCCAAAGAGCUUCCCAAUACUGCAAACGUUGUCGUUGAUGUAGUUGAGUCCAACAACACCGUUUCCGGCGAAUGCGGCGUUUAUACCAAACCCUCGACUAGUUCUUGGACUCUUGAGUGUGCUCUGAAGUACAAGAACUUGUUGGGUUAUGGUGAUAUAUGGGAUACUUCUUUGGCAUACGGUGGCAGCCAAGCAACAGAGUUGAGCUUAGGGGUCUAUGCGCCUCGAAUUAAAAAACUGUUGAGCCCUAUUGUGGCGCGGAUAUCGUUGAUUUCCCAAGAUUGGCAGGAGUUUUCUUCGUACAAAGAACAAUUACUGGGCGCUUCUCUUGGAUUGAUCUCCACAAAGCACCAUGACUUGGUUUACGCUCUUGGGUGGCGCACAUUGACGGAUCCAUCACAAACAUCAUCCAGGUCUAUAAGGAGGCAGCUUGGGCACGGUUUACUUUCAUCUUUAAAGUAUACCUUUAAAAUGGACAGGAGAAAUUCAUCUAUUAGGCCUACAAGAGGCUAUGCUUUUCUCUCUACCACCCAUCUUGGUGGUGUUGCACCAGAUAACCGGAGUUUGCGGUUUCUCCGUCAGGAAUUUGAUGUUCGUUUUGCUGUUCCCUUUGGGUUUUAUAAUACAGCAUUGAACCUUGGGAUUUCUGCCGGUGCUGUUUUUCCAUGGGGACAAGGAUUCAUGAACAAGACAUCUCCACUGCCAGAAAGGUUUUAUUUGGGUGGUGACUUCUCCCCAGUUUGUACCUUAGGAGGACCAACAACAUUAUGGGGCUUUAAAACUAGGGGGUUAGGUCCUACUGAACCACGGAGGCAAAGUAGGGAUAGAGCUGAUGGUAACAACAGUGAUUCCCCUGGAUGGGAUUUUAUAGGAGGAGAUCUUGCUGUUACUGCAUUUGCAGACCUAUCUUUUGAUCUUCCAAUCAAGUGGUUGAGAGAACAUGGAAUCCAUGGACAUGUUUUUGCUGGUUCGGGUAAUGCUGCCAAAUUAACUCAGAAUGAAUAUAAGCAAUUCUCUGCUCGAAAGUUCGUAGAAUCCUUUCGAACAUCGGUCGGGUGUGGAAUUGUUAUUCCCACACGACUCUUCCGCCUAGAGGGUAACUACUUUUACAUACUCAGGAAGCAUGAACAUGAUCGAGGCAAGACUGGUUUUAGGUUCAGCUUCUCAGCUCCUUCAUAAUGCCUGAGAUUCCUGUUCCUUCAAUGUAAUCUUCACUUCACACAUGAACAGUUUGAAUUUUCAUUUUUUUCCCCUUUAUCCAUACAAUGUCAGGAGAGGGCACUGUUCUAUGAUGGUUUCGGAACAUUUUUGGAUUGGUUUUGCAGUUAUAGUAUCCCUUUUAGGGUUCAUAAUAUAAGCCAAGCUCAUUGCACGGCAAAUGUGUACCAAGAUUGGCAUGUUUUGUUCUAGGACUUGAUUGUCAUUCAGAAUUCACAAACUUUAGAAGUGCAUCUUUUUUCUCCCUUUAAAA